AGGGGGCGGGGCCUGAUGACUCCGCCUCUUCCUCCCGUUCUGCGCCGGAAGUGGAGGGGCGGGGCGAGAGUGAGGCUCCGCCUACCGCCGCCCCGCGUCGUCGUCAUAGCGACGGCGGCUGCGCGGCCCUCAGGCGAUUCGGCUGCAGUGGCUAACAGCGCUGCCUCCAGGAGGAGGAGGAAGGCUGAGGAUGCUGCUGAUGGUGAUGAUGAUUUACUCGACAGCCGAGACCGCAAUGAGGACAUUGCCAAAUUUCCAUACGUUGAAUUCACGGGUCAGGACAGCAUCACCUGCCCCACUUGCCAAGGCACUGGCUGCAUUCCCACGGAACAGGUAAAUGAGUUGGUGGCUUUGAUACCCUACAGCGACCAAAGGCUCCGUCCACAGAGAACGAAGCUGUAUGUCCUCCUGUCGGUGCUGCUCUGCCUUCUGAUCUCAGGGCUGGUGGUUUUCUUCCUCUUUCCACACUCUGUCCUGGUGGAUGAUGGUGGCAUUAAGGUGGUUCAAGUCUGGUUCGACAGGAAGAACUCCGUUGUCCUUCUUGCCAUCACGGCCACUUUACGGAUCAGGAACUCCAACUUCUACUCAGUGACAGUGGACAGUCUGACCAGUCAGGUGCAGUACAUGAACACUGUGGUGGGCAGCCAGCAGAUCACCAACAUCUCCAGCAUCCAGCCACUAAGUGACAAGCUGGUGAAUUUCACAGUGAAGGCAGAGAUGGGAGGACCUUUCUCCUAUGUCUAUUUCUUUUGCACGUUUCCCAAGGUGAAGGUGCAUAAUAUAGUCAUCUUCAUGAGGACGUCAGUGAAGCUCUCCUACAUCGGCCGCAGGACGCAGAGCUCCGUGGAGACGUACCACUACAUCGACUGCAGCACCAACUCCACGGCUGACCCACCCCCUCUGCCGGCCCCCUCCACGCACGGCGUGGCUCUGAGCAAACCCUGAGCUCACUGCUGUGCUCUGGGGGUGGUGAUGGUGCAGAUGAUUUCCCUGGCGAAAUAUGAAACGUGUCACUGUAGAAAAGGAACUUUCGAAUGGAAGCAGAAGGACUGCGAGUGACUUUAGGAGAGACUUGAAGGCUCUGGGUCCCUUUUGCACUUUGCCACCUGCAGCUGGGCUGCACUGCUGGCCUGUCCCUGACAUCCCUGUUCAUGUGCAAGCCACCAGGUCCCUUCCAGAGCGAGAGGCCUGCCUUCCUCUUGAGUUCUUUAACUGGUUUUUUGUGUAGGGCAAUUGGGGACUUGAGCUCUGUGCUUUUGGGUCUGAGGAUCUCAAAGGCUUAGAUUUGAGUUUUGAAGGUUAGCGCUGUCUGCUCCUUCCAGGGCAAACUAACUAGUUCUGUGUGAUUUAUCUCAGUUUUGUCUGCUGGCAGCCUGUCACUGGCAUCUUUCAGAGCAGAACUUGAUAAAAAGGGAUAAUUCUCUGCCAGGAAGGAAUGCACAGAUAAGGUGUUCAGGCUUUCACCUGUGUAACUUGCACUAGUAGGAGGAAAGGGAAUUGAAACUACCACACUGCUUUCUACUUUGCUGGCAGCUGAGGCUGCUUCCAGUGACCCGAUACCAAAAACACCAGUCUUAAUGAGGACAGCCUCAUUAAGCGGGGUGCUGUUGGUGUGGGAAGGGUCCCUGUGGCUUUGACCCCUGAUUUAUGUACGGCUCUGAAGCUGCUGCUCGGGGUGUGCAGCGUUCAGCAGCUGUGAGUUCCCUGGUGUUGAACCCAGGGAAGGUGCAGCUCAGUGCUGCUUUGUAUGUAUGUCUGCUGCGAGUGAGCGCAGACCUGAACUGAUUCGGUGGAAGAUAGAGGGGGAGUUUUGUGUUUCAAAGGCUCACCUUGCUGGAGCCAAUCGUUCCCAAAGGAUGGCAAAGCAAACAAACCCGAUGCUGCAGUGCAGUUCUGCAGUCUGCUUGCUGUGUUUGCGGCUUGGAGAACUCCGUUCUGCUUUUGCCCUUCGUGGUUUUUCUGGAACCACAUCGCUGCAGCCUCCCAUGUUUCCUCUGUGCACACCCUAUGCUGUUCUCCAUCCACCUGUUAUGUGGAAACAAAGUGGCCAAAGGCUGCUGGGGAAGUGGCUCUGGUGGUUUUUUUUUUUUUGAUGAAGGAUGCUUUCUUUUGUGCAAGUGUGAAAUAAAAACGCCCUUUGUUUUUUAAGGGGUGGACUGUGUUCCCAGCAGAGCUGCUUAAA